AGGCGCUGCGGUUCGUGACUCACUCAAACGAACCAAACACAACGACAGGGCGUGCACCUGCUAUUCUCAAAUUUGAGCUGCCUUAUUUUUAUCAAAACUGCCCCACAUCGGAAGGAAUAGCGGUGCGAGCUUUUCCGCGUCGAUAAGGCGAAGUAAUCAGCAAAAGUGGAGAGACAGGUGAAAAUCUACCGGGCACCUCCCGCGAAGUGAGCACCAAGUUCAAUCGUAAGAAAAGACAAAAGGGAGGCGCGGUUCUCGCAAACGGGCGCACCCAACAGGCAGCGAUGGUGGCUAAAAAGCGAAGCCUCGCGGGUAACUGCGCCCUGGCAGUGUUUGCACUGACUUUCAUUUGCGUCUUCGUGGCAUUCUGCUCGCCCAGUUGGAUUGUCAGCGACUACCGCAUCACAGGAGCGCGUCUGGAGAGGUUCGGCUUGUGGGCCCAUUGCUUCAGGUCACUACCUGACCCCACCGACGAAUACCAGAGACGGUUUUUCGUUGGAUGCCGCUGGAUCUACGAUCCUUUUACCACUGGAUAUGACAAGAUUAGAGGAUUCCUUUUGCCUCCUUUCAUAAUCGCUACACAGUUUUUCUACACGGUGGCAUUUAUUUUGACGCUGAUCGCCUUUGGACUCUGCUUGUUGUACUCCUUGUGUUGUGGACCUGAUCAGUCAAGAUACGUGCAGCUAGUACGAGCAAUAGGGCUAGUCUUACUGUCGGCAGGAUUGUGUGCUGCAAUAGCGGUUGUGGUGUUCGCAAGUUUGGCCAACCGGCAGGGCUGGAUGCCCGGACACCGCAACAACUUCUUUGGCUGGUCAUUUGCACUUGCUGUGGCUGGUGUUUUCGCCUCAAUUGUGGCUGGAACCUUGUUUAUUAUUGAGACACACAUCCAGCAAAGGAAGGCUCGCGACAUGAAAGACUCACAGGCGAGGUUCAGCAUAGAAGAGACCAAGGCGUAAAACGUGGCCAUGAUCUGAUCCUUAAUUAGCGAAAUGACUGAUUAUGGAAAACAACAAUGUUUGCACAAUGUUAACGCACCCGUCCAAGCAAUCCAAUACGACUUUUUAAGACCUUAGUCUUAAUAGUACCUCACAAAUCAAUAAGAGUUAAAAUGUCAUUAGAUCUGCAAUCAUGAGAUCUUCAUAAAUAUAAGAGUUUCAACUCAUAAUGUCAGUUCUGGAAAUCAAAAUAGCUCAACAAACGAAAUAUUUGAUUGAACAGUAUUUUUUAUCACUUUUUAUAUUAUUUUUAUACUUUUCCUCAUUCCGAUUACACUGCGUGGUAUACUCAAUAAGUUCAAAAAUCAAGCUGAGUUGAAGCUUCGCGUCAUAAAAUAGAUAAGUGUUCAUUUUCAUCUUUUUUUGUUUCUUAGGUUUCACAAUGCUAUGAAUAGAGAGAAAGUUUGUGUAAGGAAUAGUUUCGUUUAAAAAUGUUUAAGUAUAAUACAAAUGACCUACUUUUGAGUGCUUAUAUAUUUGUUUAAAAUGGAGGACAAAGCCUUUUUGUUCCUGAUGUAGGAAAAAGGUACAAAAGCGUUCCUUCUUUGAAAUUUACUCAUCCGUCCAAUAUAGUGAUUCAAUGUGAAAGCGUCAGCGUGAAAAACCACCUGACUUGAUUUAGUCUACCAAUCAAUACUAUUUUUGUGCAACUAUUUUGAAAAUGUUUCAGAGAAACCGUCCAAUUUUUUUGUUAUUAUACUAACACUAUAUUACAAAAUUUUUCAGGAGGUUAAGUUCGAUUUUGCGAUAGUUGAUGGAACAUUAUAUUUUAAUUGUUCAACGUGUAUUGAAGCAAUAAUAAUGUUUUGUAUUAAAUUGAAAAUAAAUAUUUAAAUUAUAUGUA